UUGAGGUGGUGGUGGCAAUCGAUUGUUGGACAAGUCGACGGUGCACAGAUAUCACUGCCACAACCACCAACUGGUUUGGUUUCCUUCCUCCCCACCUCGUGUCUCGGCCUGCCCCCGCGCUCCUUCUGUGUGGCGCUUAAAGCGGCAGUUCUUGUUAUGGCGGCGGAUUAUUUUCGUCGCCGUCGUCGCGGCCCGCGUCCUGUGUUUUUCCUCCAACGUGGAUGAACUGUACCGGGUCAUUCUGAUCACAUUCAGAGGGGUCUCCGCUUCGCUGCAGCCCGGUAGUCAAUUGUAGUUGCGCCCGCGGGUUUCACUGUACUUUGGAUUACAUUUGGGCAAUAUCGGGUACACUACGUUCUACACGGCCUCGGUCGUAUCAAGUCUGUACCAGAGAGCUUUACGAUAGUAUACAGACUCGUCGAGAGCUUAUUGGUGUGUUGAAAUUCGCGAGAUGGCUUUGGGAUCUGUGCUGUUGACGGUGAAACCAACGGUGUUCUUCUUUAUAGGGUGUACUUUGGAUGUGUCUUCAACUGAGCAAGUUUUGUGAGGUCGUGUUGGCAGGAUGUGUCGGAAAUGGUAGUGAUUUUUCGUCAUGGUUCUUUACGAUCACCUGUGCUUUUAAAGUUGCCUUUUGGGGUAAAUAACUGUUGAUGGUUGUUGUUUCAACAAAUCUUAGAAGCUGCAAGAAAUGGUCAAAAGGACCGAUCAUAUCAGUUGAACUUGAUAUUAUUAUUAUUAUUAUUAUUACUGUAUCAGCCGCUGAUGUGUUACUCGGGACUAAAGUGGAAUGGGCGGCUUCAACAACGCAUUAACGUCUCUCCAUGUAUGAUUUGAUCGGUGUACCUUUCCGGAUGCUAACGCAAAAAAUCUUGCUCACCGUUUACGGAGACACGCUGAUUGCUGCCAUGGACGUCGGUCCAGAUAUUCUCUGACCCCAAUCUUGUCCACACACUCAGUGAUCCUUUAUUGUGGCCCACAACUGGACAAUGUGGUCUAUCAAAAAAAUACGCAUCAAGAUGGUGCGCCGGAAAUCUGACCUGCUUUUGAUAUUUCUCUUCUCUUUCUUCCUGGUGUACAUGAUGUUGCUGGUAUACGUCACAUUCCUGCAACCCAAUCCAGCAUACGAACAAGCACACAUGUCGGCCUACAUGCUGGACUUGGACGGAGAGAGCCUGUACGAGCUGGACUCAUCCGGACAUCCUCACCGACAGAAAAACGGUGCACGUCACGCCCACAAGUGUAAGGAGAAGCAAAACUUUGUGUUCAUCAAAGGUAUGAAAUGCGCUACGACGACACUUCUCGGUGUCUUCUACCGAUUCGGCUACACGCGCAAUCUGUCCUUCGUGACCCCCGUCCACUGGAAGAUGCACCUCAACUGGCCAUACCCCAUGACGCCCAGGGACUAUCGCCCGUCUCGAAGGGGCUACAACAUUCUCACCGAUCACGCCAUAUACUCAGAGCGCGAAAUGGCCGCGAUCAUGCCCAAAAACAGCGUUUACAUCAGCAUUGUCAGGCACCCAUUUGAGCAACUGAAGUCGAUAUUCCAGUAUUUCAAGGUCCACAAAGUUGCAGGGGUCCCAAGCAAAGUGGAGAACCCUGUGGUGGAGUACCUGUCCAAUCUCCAGCACUACGAAUCGUUCUACCAGCGUCAUAACGCUCCUAACCGUUGGUGUGUCCCCGAUGGUUUCUCCAUUACCAAGAACUUAAUGUCUCACUGCCUCGGCAUUCCUCUGGGUUUUCCCGCAGGCACGAAAAACAUCACAUCAGAUAACGACGAGAUACAAAGAUAUCUCGUGCAUUUCGACCGAAAGUUCAACCUGAUACUUAUCGCUGAGCAUUUUUUCGAGUCGCUGAUUUUACUGAGACGGCUUAUGUGCUGGGAAUUCUCAGACAUCGUUUUCAACAGCGCGAAUGUGGCGCAGUACAAAUUCAAGACUAUGGAAGUGCCGGACUCCAUCAUGGAUAUUCAUCGCAACUGGAGCAGCGUGGAUUACAAACUCUUCGAACACUUUAACGCGUCUCUGUGGAGACUGAUUCACCAACAGGGCCCGGAUUUCUAUGACGAAGUCGAGGCGUUUAAAAUUGUGCAAUCUCAAAUUAGCAGCUAUUGUUCAAAGAUUUAUGACGUAAAGGACAAAAACUCUAUCCCAGCAUAUUUAAACAAAACUGUGGUGCCAUCCUCUGAGUGGACACGCCAGUUCUCGAUGCUGCCCAAAGACUGUCUGCUCAUGGGACCAAACCCGUACGCCACGUUACAGAUUAUUCAGGGAGAGAGUGACGUCCGGGAUGGGGACUUGAUACGUCAGCAGGACAGUGUUCCGGACAAUAGAACAAUGAAGGGCUCGUGUUGACCAAGCUAGUCACCUCGGCCCAUUUGAAGGGAUCUCACUGCACAUAUAUAUUGUGUACAUGUGUGCAUUUGCAUGAUUAAUGUGUGUGUGUGUGUGUGAGAGAGAGAGA